AUGGGGAAGGAGUGUUCCACACUUAACAUGGCCCAGCUGCAUAACUCAGACCCGUUCCCCCCCAUGCCAAGGGGAACACUCAGUACUGCUAACAAGAAAAGGUCACGUUCUCUGGACAUACUGGCAGAGCCACAACAGAGCCAUGUCCUCCCACCUGUCCCGUCAGAGAACGAGAGCCGCAAGAGCAGUCUGAGCGGAGUUAGCCUGGGGAGUGAGUCCAGCUUCAGCGAUGACUGCAGCAGCCCGGGUAGCGACUCUCUCAGUGGCAGCCCCACAGGCAUGGUGGAGCUGCACAGUGCAGAUGGUGGCCUUGCUGAGGGAAGGUUCAGCCCCCUUAGCUCUGACCUCAACCUCCUGAAGAUCUCCUCCGAUAAUAGUGGGGGUUACGACGUGGAACUGUUUGUGGACACUCCAGACUAUGACCUAAUCUGCACCAUAUGCCAGGGUGUUCUGAGGUGCCCUGUACGAGUCGCAUGCAACCAUGUAUUCUGCAAAAAGUGCAUUUUACAAUGGCUUAAAAGACAGGAAACUUGCCCAUGCUGUCGAAAGCCUGUCAAUCAGAGCUUCAUAUUUGUGAUGUACAAGCUGAGCAAGUCCAUCAGUCGGUUACGGAUCAAGUGCAAAAACGAGCCGCAUGGCUGCGCUGCCACCUUCCCCCUCUCUGAGGAGUACUGCCACAGCACGGCCUGCCUGUUCGAGCCCGUGGCCUGCCCUCACCAGGGCUGCGGGGCCCAGGUGCUGCGGCGGGACCUGGAGACGCACGCCCAGCGCUGCGAGCACUGGCGGCAGCUCUGCCCCAUGGGCUGCGGCACCCUGCUCUCGCUCCAGACCCAGGCCCAGCACAACUGCUACCGGCAGCUACGGCAGGAGUGCGAGGCCCAGCGGCAGACCCACCGCGCCAUCGCCGCCACGCUGCAGAGGAAGAUGAGGAAGAUGCAGAACACCAUGGCCCACAUGAAGAGGCAGAUCGGUCUGAUCUGCGAGAGCCUGGAGGUGCUGGACAGCCAGGAGGAGAACACGGGGGAGACCAGCACCACCAGCACCAGCAGCAGCAGCAGCACAAGCAGCAGCAGCUCCUGA